AUGUGGAAACGCUUUCCAGAAACAAUGAGCUUCGACAACACGUACAAUACGAAUCGCUUCAAACUACCGCUCUUCCAGGUCACGGGGCAGACUUGCCUCAAGUCUGUCUAUAAUGCCGCAUUCGGUUUGAUUGACAACGAGAAACGUGAAGGGUUCCAAUUCCUCGCGGAGGGGAUCAGGCAGUUGAAUGAGAAGCAUGAUAUUCCGCUCCCCGAAGCGGUUAUCUCAGGUUACGAUCAGCAGAUGAAGGCAGCCCUGGAUAACCAGUUCCCCGGCAGCCAACAGCAAAUAUGA